CCGAAGGUAAAACAUUUUAUCCUGAAUAGUUUUUGCCACCGACUGUUAUUCUUAAAAAGCGCAAGUCUGAUUGGGGUGAAAGGUUCGAGGUUGAAAAGUUCGAGGUUGAAAAGCUUAUAUAUCGCCAUCUUCCACCUCUUCAAGGAAAAUUUAUAUCUUGUUUAUAUAGUGAAGCGGUAUAUGAUGGAUCACCAACAUUGGUUUUAUCCGAAAUCGUUGGCCGAAGAUUAUUUGAUUUUACUAUGAAGCCUAAAGAGAACAAGGAAUUCAAAAGAAAGCUAGAAGAGGCUUGUAAAGCAUUUACUACGUAUGGAGUUACUCAUGAAGAUCCGAAAUUGGAUAAUGCUAUUGAUAUUGGAGAUCGAGUGAUCAUUAUAGAUUUGGAACAAUGUAUAAUCGAGGACACAAACUGGAAAGGAAGUAUGAACAAAGCAAGGGUGGGUUAUUUGAUGGACAGCCUUCAAUUGAAACGUCAGUGUGAAGAUGAGGCGAAACAAAGAGAGAAGAAAAUACUGCAAGAAAAUGCAGAGAGAAUAAGGUAAAGUAGAAAAUGCUCAAGUUUAGAUUAUAAUGUUCUAAUAUAUUAGACUUCGAAACCUCGCAAGCUCAAAUCGGCGAAUGGCAAUAAACUAAGACGGCUUUAAUUCCUUUGUUGUUUGGGAAUAGUACAAAG